CUCUCUUGAUCAUCAGUUUAAAAGAAAGACCAAGUUGAAGCCUCUCUCUAUGUAUACAUAGUUCUCUGCAAUUUUGAUGAUCAACAGCAUGGAAGGAUGAAUAUAGGCUUCAGGAAUCUCUAGUGUCAAUGAGAUGGAAGAUGAAGAAAAGAGGGUCGAGUGCAGUGAUCAACAAGCUCAAAAUGUAUCUGCUGCGAUGGCCAUUUCUUCUCAGAAAUGUUCUUCCUUUGACUUGAAUGAAGAAGCUAGCAGCGAAGAGGAUUAUUAUUACGACAUUAAUGGCAAAGAAGGCGUGGAUGAUGAGAUCGAGAAGAGGACAGAAGGGAGUUCCGGUAAUGCUAGAAGAACGGUACGGCAAUAUGUUAGGUCGAAAUUGCCACGGCUUCGAUGGACUCCGGAUCUCCAUCGCUCUUUCGUGCACGCCGUUGAAAGGCUUGGCGGACAAGAGAGAGCAACUCCAAAGUUAGUUCUUCAAUUGAUGAAUGUGAAGGGACUUAGUAUUGCCCAUGUAAAAAGCCACUUGCAGAUGUAUCGAAGUAAGAAACUUGAUGAAGUUGGACAAGUUUUGAACCAAAGAAGUAGAUCAAUUCAAGGAAGGGGUGAAUUCAAAAGCAUGUUGCAGCAGUCCUCAACUCCCCAUUUGCAUUUCAGAAUGGAGAAUGGUGUAUUCGUUUUAGCCGGAGAAUCUCCCCUCUACCAUCCUCCGUCACAUUUCAAACCCACCUUCUCCAGGUUAUGA